AUGGCUGCAGAGGAACCGAGAGUCCGGACGUUCGUGCGAGUCAAACCAACAGCUGAUUUUGCUCAGGAUAUCAUCAACUUUGGGCCAGACAACAAGACCAUCAGGAUAUUAAUCAAGAAAGAUGCCAGGGCAGGGGCUGUGAACAACCAUCGGACGGGCUGGUCCUUCCGGCUGGACGGGGUCCUGCACAACACCUCCCAGGAGCUGGCCUACCAGGCCCUGGCUGAGAAAUUAGUCUCCCAAGCUCUAACUGGCUAUAAUGGAACCAUCAUGUGCUAUGGACAAACAGGGGCUGGAAAAACUUACACCACGAUGGGACCAACCACUGAGCACAAACAGCGAGGGAUCAUCCCCAGGGCUCUGGAGCAGGUCUUCAAAGCAACUGCCCAGUCUGUGGAACCUGUUAUCACUGUCCAAAUUUCCUACCUGGAGAUCUACAAUGAGACCAUGUUUGACCUCCUGUCCUCUGUGGCCAGCCCUGGGGCUGGUGGCAUCCAGCUGACUGUGGCAGAUUGUCCAGGGGGUGUUUAUGUCAAGGGCUUGUCUGUCCAUCCCGUGAGCCACGAGGAGGAUGCUCUGAGUCUGCUCUUUAAGGGUGAGACCAACAGGGUGGUAGCAGAGCACUCUCUGAACAGGAAUUCCUCCAGGUCCCACUGCAUCUUCACCAUCUACCUUGAGUCUCAUUUCACAGGUUUCUCAGAUGGCAAAUGUAUUAGUUCUAAAAUCAACUUGAUAGAUCUGGCAGGAUCUGAGAGGCUGAGCAAGACUGGAUCUGAAGGACAAUUGCUGAAGGAGGCCACCUACAUCAACAAGUCUCUGUCGUUCCUGGAGCAGAUCAUCAUUGCCCUGGGUGACCCCAAGAGGGAGCACAUCCCCUACAGGCAGAGCAAACUCACCCACGUCCUGAAGGAUGCACUAGGAGGAACCUGCAAUACUGUCCUGGUGGCAAAUAUCUGUGGGGAAGCUGAGCAUGUGGAAGAGACUUUGUCUUCUCUUCGUUUUGCUACCAGAAUGAAAGGGAUCAACUCAGAGCCACUCAUCAGGGAGAGCUACAGCCAAGAGGGAACAGUGAAGGCCAUGGAGAAGGAGAUUCUUCUGCUGAAACAGGAGCUGGCUGUGCAUGACAGCUUGGCCAAUCGCUCCUGGGUGACCCACACCCCCCUGCCUGCCCCCCAGGUUGCAGAGAUCAGGUCUCAAGUCCAGAAAUACCUCGAUGGAGACAUUGAUGAGAUUGAUAUUCUGAACGUCAGGCAAGUCCAGGAGGUGUUCAAGCAGUUCAAGCUGAUUGCAAGCCAACAGGAGGAUGACGUGGAGACCAGAUUCCGGAGCCAGUACAUUCUGAUAGACAGAAAUGACUUUGUUGCUGUUUCUGCUCUUCAGCAGGCUGGUGUGGUUGAUAUGGAGGGUCACGUGUUGGAGGAAGAGGAUGAAGAGGAUCUGGAAAGUCCACCUUCUGAUUUUUCAUCCAGACAAAGUGAGAGGAGGAGGUCCAGGAGACCCAGUGAGCUGUCCAGGAGGACAGGACCCAGGAACUCUGUGUUUGGGAGAGAGAUGGCUGGUCUGCUACCAUUAAGAAGUCUGCUAGAACCUUCCACCAAAGAUGUGGAUGAAGAAGAAGAAGAGGAAACAUGGAACGAAGACACAGCAGAUCCUGAGGCAGAGGUCUCCACUCCAGCUCCUGUGGAGCUUCCCCAGAGGCCCAGGUCCCCCCCGCCCGAGCCGGUGGCGUUCGAGCUGUUCAAGGAGGAGUGUGGAAGGGAGAUGAACCAGAUCUUCAAAGAGAACAAAAGCAUCCUCCUGGCCAGGAAGAAGACAAGCAGUGAAGUCGUGCAGAAGAUCAGUUUCAUCAAGAGGGAGAUGGAGAGCACCAAAGAGGCCCUGGAGGCUCAUAAGCAGGAGCGGCUGCAAAAUGGAGAGCAUGUUGAUGAGAAAGGCCAGAUCAUUUCUGAUGAGGAGGGGUUUGUACUCACCACAAAGCUGAAGGACCUGAAGGAAGAGUACAGGUCUGGCUGUGCUGAGCUGCAGAAGCUGAAGGCAGAGAUCCAGAACUUGCAGGAGGUGGUGGAUCAGUGCAGGAAAAGACUCAUCUCAGAGUUUGAGAUCUGGUACAGGGAGUCCUUCCUCAUCCCCAAGGAUGUGCAGGAAGCUCUGAAGCCUGGUGGCAACAUCAGACCUGGAAUGAUUCCUAUCAACAGAGUCAUGUGCCUGGAGGAAGAUGAUCAGGAGAGGUAUGAGAAGCUGCAGGAGACCACACUGCCCGAUGGCCCAGCUUCUGUCUCCUUCUACAGGGCAAAAAUGAAGACAGAUCAAAAGCGCACGUUCACCAGAGCCACCUCCUCCCUCAAGCAAAUGCACAAGAAGCCCGGGCUCCUCACACCUGCUGGGAAGAAGAAUAAAAGUGCCCUUUCUGCAGGGCAUGUAUCAGGUGUGAGCUCAGUCUGA